UUGUACACAGCCUUCUGUAUAUAGAAGGUAUUGCGUGACCGUAACGCAAUAUAUCCGGUAAAAUACUCCCGAAUCUUGUCGUCACGUGAUAAUACAAGAUGGGCGCCUACCGGUACAUGGAGGAGCUCUGGCGCAAAAAGCAAUCAGAUGCUAUGCGCACACUACUUAGGAUCAGAACCUGGGAAUACAGGCAGCUCUCUGCCGUACAUCGCGUUUCUAGGCCAACCCGCCCCGACAAGGCCCGUCGCUUAGGUUACAAGGCCAAGCAGGGAUUCGUCAUCUACCGCGUACGCAUCAAGCGCGGUGACCGUAAGAGGAACGUACAAAAUGGCAUUGUCUACGGAAAACCAAAGCAUCAGGGUAUUCGCAAGCAAAAGUCUAAGCGCAACUUGAGGAGCCGUGCCGAAGAACGUGUUGGAAGACGUUGCGGCUCACUCCGCGUUCUCAACUCAUACUGGGUGGGACAAGAUGCCCUUCACAAGUUCUAUGAAGUCAUAUUGGUGGAUCCAUUCCACAACGCCAUCCGCAAUGACCCCAGGAUGCAGUACAUCACCAAACCAGUGCACAAACACCGUGAAAUGCGUGGACUUACAUCUGCAGGUCGCAAGUCACGUGGUCUACGUGUCAAGGGACCAAAGGCAGCAAAGUUGAGGCCAUCAAUCCGCGCAAACUGGAGGAGAAGGCAGAUCCAGCGCUUGUGGCGUAUGAGGUGAUCUUCCUCUUGCCACAGGCCAGGAUCAUAAUGCUAAAUGAAACUCGUGGUCUAAUUAUCUAUGAGC